CCGAGCCAGAACGCAUCCUUUGUCAUUCGAUCCUAUCAUUCCCGCGAUUUGCGAAAACACCAGUUUCAUGCGAUCAGUUUUACGUUCCUCUGGAAAUGUGAAUGAUUGCUAAUUUUAUUAUUGAUUUAUAAUUUAAUCAGAAGUUUGGCAAUACAGUUAACGGAGUGGAAGUGUGUCUAAAUUGCUCUUAAAGGGCAUAACAAAAUAAGAGAGAGAUAAAUAUACUGAAUGUCUCGGAAACUGUUGUCUCUUACAUUACCUAACAACGUGAGAAUUUGAAAAAUAAUCCUUGUCAGUUGAGACGAAAAGUCACGAGACUUUAAGACUCUAUAAAACAGCUUUAAACACUACCUCAGGGUCAGAAGAGCUCAUUUAAACAUGACAUUUAUAUAGGAUGUAGCUCCUGAAGGGUUGAAAAAUAUUAGUAGAAUAGAUAUCCAAGAUAAAGAAGACGUUUUGUUGAUGAAAUAGAACAAAGAAUCGAUAAUAAUUUUACUUUAGUAAACAAAGAGAAGUGAUAGAUAUUGAAAAGGAAAAAACAAUAACCUGAUCUUUGAAAUGAAAGCUUUUGUGAUAAAUGAGAUAAUACGAUAUCCUGUGGUCUGGCAGGUGGAACGGAAAUCACCGCCAUGAGAUAGUGGUACAUAUAAUGCUACAAAGAUAUAUGAAAUUUGGUGGUUACAUUAGAGGACUUUAUUGGUUUUGCUACGUUAUAACAACACACUCGGAGGAGAACUGUUGUUGGUGGGGUUGCACGGGCUAAUGGCCCGGAGCCGGCUUCACCAGCACCGGUGGUGGCUCGUAAUGCUCCUAAGUCUUGCUAGUUAUCUCUCAGCAAUACCUCAACAACCAAUUCGCCGCACUGGGAUUCCUAUGAUUCACGAAACAUCCAUCAGUCCGUCCUCAGAAAUUAUCGUUUUUCUACGGGACAAUUGUGAUCCUAUUCAAUCAACAAAUGAACAGAAUAAUAAUGAAGAAAUUAUCAAGGUACUCAAGAGAUUCAAUGCCAACAAUAAGUUUUCUGUCAAAAUGCUCCCCAAUUCAGUUACAUGUGAAUCAAAGUCCUGGGGUCUUGGCAUUCUCAUUGAAGUACUUGGACAGCCAACAACAAAAGCACUGAUUGCAGCUCUCGAUUCCAACACAUGUGAAGUGGCUGAAAAACUCGCCCACCUGUGGGAGAAGCCUCUACUUACCUGGACUUGUCCUACGGUAAUGAUAGCUGAAGAAAAUCGACUUCCAUUCACGAUAAAACUAUCUCCAUCGAUUCCAAUGAUAGCACAAGCACUGGCUGAAAUAUUUUUGCAUUUUCGAUGGAAAUCUGCUGCUAUCAUUGCAAUCGAUAAAGAACCUUGGUCAAGCUUAGACCGGCUGAUAGUUGGUAAUUUAAGGAGCAUUGGUAUAAUCCCACGACACCGAGCUCUUAUUUCUUGGCAUGCCACUUCUAAUUCCCAGAUUUAUCAAACUCUUUGGUCAUUCGAGUCAAUAAUUUGUAGAGCUAUAAUUCUUUGUCUGCCGGCCGACGACCAAGAGUUGACAAAUCGAGUGUUGAUGCAGCUCCAAGCCAUGCGGGCAUCGCGACGUGACAAUCCGUUUUUCUUACUUAUCCAUCCCGAAGGUCCCGAACUCUUUCUUCCUCGUCGAGAAACUCUCUUCGAUAACUCUACCACUUCGACUACAACAACAACAACUGCUUCCACUGUUACUACUACUACCGUUUCAGCUACACCAGCUAUAAGGGAAAGUCAAAUCUCAAUGGGAAAGUAUCCAGAUCAACAAUUUCCCGAACAACUAAGUGAAAAUUUGACGAAUUUACUCGCUUUCGUACCUUUUGAUAACAGAUAUAAUAUAGAGAAAAUUUACAAUAAAACAGAAACAUAUGUAAAGCCAGAUACUAUCGACCGUUUAUCCGAAUCAUUUGAAAUUCUUGCACAUAGCAAUUUAAGUUUGAGCAUCAAUAAUAACAAACUGUUCAACUAUGCUCUUCUAUCAUGGAGAAAAACUCGUGAAAAAAAUGAUAUCGGAUGGCAGCCUCUCGUACAAGUGAUCGAAAAUCGAGAGAAUUUAGACGUUCAAGAGCUAGUCGAGAACAAUUUGGCUGAUGAAGAGAUACUCGAUGUCAUUUUGUGUGCAAAUGGACAUGGAUGUGAUGUAGAUAUUGGAGAAAUAAGUGAUCUACCAAUUCAAGCCGUUCAUAUUGUAACCAUCGUGAUAUCGUGUUUUUUUUUAACUCUUCUACUACUUGUAAUCGUUAUCCUGGUGAGAAGACAUUUUUUGAAUCGAAGGAUGUCAAAAGGUCCAUACAAAAUUAUUUUAACAGCAUCAGAUUUUGUAUUUCCUCAAGUAGUUGAUAGUAGGAGGGUAGACGAAGGUAUUGAGGCAAUGUUAUGCUGCUGGCUCCAGCAAUUUCAAGAAUUUGGUGGCCCUGAGGUGGAAAAGCCAGAUUUGUUACAGGGGAGUGUUGGGUCCUUGAAACCUCACUUAAAGGCAAGCACAAGUAGCCUUGCUAGGCAUACAAUAUUCAAAGAUCCACGGGCACGAUAUAAUGGUGACCUCGUUCAGUUGAAAGAACUUCCAUGCCAGGGUACAUUUGAGCUUAAGAGUAAAGCCAUGGAUGUACUAGUUAUGAUCCACGGCUUAAGACAUGAAAAUCUCAACCCUUUAAUCGGAUGUUUAAACGAGCCGACUCGGCCUUGUCUUGUAUACGAAUAUUGCUCACGGGGUUCUCUUGAAGAUGUUCUUGUUCAGGAUGAAAUCAAACUCGACUGGUCUUUUAGACUAUCUUUGCUCACUGAUCUAGUUCGGGGUAUGAAAUAUCUUCAUAGCAGUCCAAUACGCGUCCAUGGUUAUUUGACCUCAAGAAAUUGCGUCAUAGACGCCCGUUGGGUUCUGAAGGUCACGGAUUACGGACUUCCAGCUUUUUAUGAAACGCAAAAUAUCAUUCCACCAGCAAAGUCUGCAAGAGACCUCCUUUGGACAGCCCCAGAAUUGUUGAGACACACAGGAUUGCGUAAAAAAGGUACUCAGCCUGGCGAUGUUUAUAGCUUUGGCAUUAUAAUGCAGGAAGUUGUUGUACGUGGAGAACCUUUUUGUAUGUUAGCUCUUUCACCAGAAGAUAUAGUUGAGAAAGUAAAGAAACCACCUCCAUUGAUCAGACCGUCAGUGAGCAAAGGAGCUGCACCACCUGAAGCUAUUAAUAUUAUGCGACAGUGCUGGGCAGAAGCUGCUGACAUGCGACCAGAUUUUAAUGCCGUUCAUGACCUUUUUAAAAAAUUGAACCACGGCCGGAAAGUCAACUUUGUAGACACCAUGUUCCAAAUGCUUGAGAAGUAUUCGAAUAAUUUGGAAGAAUUAAUCCGGGAGAGAACUGAACAGUUGGAUAUGGAGAAAAAAAAAACCGAACAGCUUUUGAAUCGAAUGUUACCGAGUUCUGUAGCAGAGAAAUUAAAGCUUGGAAUGCCCGUCGAUCCAGAGGAAUUUGAAGAGGUGACAAUAUACUUCUCAGAUAUUGUUGGAUUCACUACAAUUUCUGCACAUUCAACGCCCUUCCAGGUCGUUGAUUUACUUAAUGAUCUGUAUACGUGCUUUGAUGAUACAAUAAAUGCUUACACUGUGUACAAAGUGGAAACGAUAGGAGAUGCUUACAUGGUUGUUGGUGGUUGUCCAGUAAAAAUUCCAGAUCAUGCUACCCAAAUAGCGACGAUGGCGUUAGACUUGCUUCAUCAAAGUGGCAAAUUUAAAAUACGACAUCUUCCCAAAACACCGUUGAGAUUAAGAAUUGGGCUUCAUACUGGUCCUUGCUGCGCUGGUGUAGUUGGGCUCACAAUGCCUCGUUAUUGUUUAUUCGGUGAUACAGUAAAUACAGCUUCGAGAAUGGAAUCAACUGGUGCACCCUGGAGAAUACAUUUGAGUCAAGCAACGCGUGAUCGUUUAUGCCAAGCAGGUGGAUACUUUAUUGAAUAUCGCGGUUGCACUGAGGUUAAAGGCAAGGGAAAAAUGCCAACGUAUUGGUUACUUGGAAAACAGGGUUUUGACAAGCCGUUACCAACACCUCCACCCCUUGGAGACGAUCAUGGAUUGGACGAAAACCUGUUUAUGGAACGAGCAGAAAGCACAGAGCAAUCGGAAGCAUCUGAGGAUCGGUCUGAAUGUUCAGCAGCAAGUGCACCUGUUAUUCGUCAUCAAAUAAUAGACGAACUAAAUGCCCCUGUGAUAGAGGAAGAUGACAAUAGCUCUGGAAAAAGCAAUUGCUCUUCCAUUGCUACCUGUAUCAUUAGUUCCAAAUUAAAUACCAGUUCCACUAUGCUUCAUGAAAGAACAUCACUAAGAAAAGUUCCUGUAUCAGUUCAUGAUGAAAGAAAGAAAGAUAGUUUAGGUACGGGUUUACAAGGUCCAUCUAACUUAGUAUCUGAAGUGGUAUCCAUGCCACUGAGUGCAGUUUCAACAACUUCAUUAAGCUCAAUUUCCGGCACCACAUUCCGUGGAGCUACCAGCAAGUAUAGAAGAGUUGGGAUUAUUGACGAGGAUGAUCUCAGCUCGCCGUAUAAUCAUUACAGAUGUCUUUCACCUAACGAACACUACAGUGGUAAAACUGCAAGUGGUCGUUUUCUUAGACGGCAAUUCAGUCUUGAUCGUCCAGAUGAACCGAUCUCUAUAAUUUCUGAUCAAAUCAAUAUUUUAACUGGAAACAAAGUACCACCACGAAUUUUCAAACAAAAUAGCGCAGGCGCUGCUAAUGAUCUCGAAAAAAUUGAAGAAGUUCCAUUAACUACACCUACACGUCCUUCUCAUCAGAAUUAUCGUCAUGCGGCAUCCAUGUCACUUUCCGUAGAAUCUCUCACUCUUCAUUAAAUUACAAUAAUUAUCGAACAACACAUUUCAACUACCUAAUCAACUACCUCCCUCCAAAGCGAUUAUUUAUCUAAUCAAUUUACAAGGUGAUACCUCCUCCUCAGAUUAUGUCAACAUUCAAUUUCCAUUUAGAUGUUAGACACUCUAAUUAAUCCAAUUUAUAAGUAAAUAUCACUAUUUUGUUAAUCAUUAGAUGCGUACAGAAUAAUUCUUUAUAUAUUUAAAUUUUAUGUGAAUUCCACUGCUGGUCAGUUGUAUUUAACGACAUUUAUUGAUGGAUGAUUAAUGAUCUAUUUAAUUCUGAUGAAAUUGAUGAUGACUAAUUACUCAUUAUAUGGAAUAUCAUUGAAGAUAUCACGAAAUAAAUAAUUUAUUGAUAAUUUCCAAUACGUAAUAUUAAUUAAGUGUGAAUUAAUACAUUAAAGAGGCAGAGUGAUUGAUACUUGAUCUAGUCAUACAAAUAGUUGAGUGACAAUUGAAUAUUUCUAAUUUCAAAGAAGAUAAAAAAAAAGAUUACGAUUGAAAUUCAAAUAUUGAUCUUUAAAUAGUUAAGAAAUGUAAAUAUUAAUUAAGAAAAUUUGCAUACGAAAAUUCGUUUACUUUUGUUAUUAAUAUUGUUAUAUAUUCGUUAUCGAAUUAUAAUGAUGAAAUUAAAGCUUUUGAUUAAAUGUUUUUGAUUUCAUAAAAAUUUCACUCUGCCUUUUAAUAAUUAAAUGAUAUUAUAAAAAUAUAUAUAAUUGUCGAAAAACACCACAUCAGUUUCGACAUUCUUGUUAAUCGUCAGUAUUAAUAUACAAUAAUGGUACAAUGAGUAAGUUAAUUGUAAAUAGUCCUUUUCUAUCGGCCUAAAUACUCCCUUAACCCCAUACUUUGUUUUUUAGAUUGCUAUUUGGUAUUGGAAAAAAAUACUUUUCCAGUAUACUGUAUAUUUAAAUUUAUAAAAAGUAUAAUAUUACAUAUGUUAAAGUUGUAGAUUUUAUUUUUUUCAAUAUCUGGAGCAAUAAUAUAAUGAAUAAUAGUUAAUGAAAUCUUUGAAAUAAGAUUAAUGUCAAAAAUGACAAUGUCAAAGUUGUGGUAAAAUUUGAUUAAAAUAAUUAUAUAAUUGUAGACAGUUGUCAAAGUUUCUUUCUUGAUAUAUAAAUUAAUUAUUUAUUCAACAACGUGAUAUAAUAAGACACUGAAUUAAUCAACAAA